UACCCCAAGGCUGACGGGCCUGGGAUGGGGGUGAGCAGCAUAUUCCCAGGAGGCACGGUGGUGGGGUCCUCCUGCCAAGCUUGGGGCUUUUCAUCAGCUGGAGAAAUGCAGACAGCAGAGGGAACUUUUGGAAAGAAAUCCUGGCUGGAAACGCCGUGAGUCUAUAUGUGGGGGCUCACCUGCAUGGCCUUAACCUCCUUGGAUCCGCAAUGUACAGGUCACUUUCCAGAUGAGGUCACUGAGGCACACAGAGCCCGGGCAGCUUGUCCCAGGGCUCAGCGGCCCCCUCCAGUGCCUAUGUCAAAGCCCAGCUGGCCACUGCCCCAGCCCCAGGCAUGAGGGAGAGGAUGCAUCUUGAACGUGUCCAGGGGGCUGAGAGAUGAGAGCAGUGCUAGAAUGUGCGUGUACCACACUCACUGAUUCCUCCGGAGAGCAGUUGAGACCCCUCCUCUGUACAUUAUGGGCAAAGCAGGAAGCAUCUUGCCUGCCCAGAACGCAUAUUGUCUUGGAGUGACAUACUCACUCUAAAGAAUGAGUUGUAGAACAGAGGACCAUAGAAGGAGUCAGACUUACAAGGAAAGUAAAUCCAGGAAGGGCAGGAGGGAAUACAGGUGCAGUGGUCAGCGAGGCCUCAACACAAGUUGGAGGGAAGUGCCCAGAACAUUCCAGGCAGACCCUAGAGAUAAUUCCAGGGUCUGGGGUCAGGCCAGGUGUCUGCAUCUUUAAGGAGCAAUGCCAGGUGAGCCUCAUGCAGGCGUCCAGGGAUAUGCUGGACAACCUCCCUUGGAGCCUGGGGUGAGGGGCUCAGGAGGGACAGGGUGCCAGGGAGGCCAGCCCAUGAGAGACAGUCCAGAGUGGCAGACCCGGGACCCCUUUUGGAGAGAGGAUGGAGUCAGUCGCCACCUGACUGUCUUCCUCAUCAGCCAGUCCAGGUCCCCCAUCAGGAUGAUCAAAAGGACCUGACGGCCAGUGCCCACACUGACAGCCCUGACCACCUCCACACCUGACUUAUUUCUGGGCCCUAUGACCUCAGCCCUGCUUGUCCCAAGUCCCCUGGCACAGUGACCUGGCCAGGAGGCCACCCGACUCUCUGCUGCAGGUGCCACUUGAAGACACAUGCUGUCCCCUUAUCUGGAUGUUUGACCCAUGGUGGGAAGAGGCAGCUGCCUCCAGCAGGUUGGAUGUGAAUGGACCAGGCCUGGGACAGAGCCCACGGGCCUCGGCCAAACCCAGCCACUGUCCGAGUGCGGGAGCUGAGCUGGCCAGGCCUGCACAAUCCCCGCCCACAGAGCAAGGACCCAGGCAGCCACAGGGACAGCCAUGGCGAGCGGCUGGUAGAGGAGUACCUGUCACCUGCCCGACUGCGGGCCCUGGCCCAGGUAGAUGACCUUGGACUGGUGAACAUGCUGGAGAUGUGUGUCAACACCCGUGAGAGCAGCCUGGGGAACUUUGGGGUGCACCUGCCCAACCUCAACCAGCUGAAGCUGAACGGCAGCUGCGUGGGCUCCGUGAGAGACCUGGGCACUUCCCUGGGCCACUUGCAGGUGCUGUGGCUGGCUCGCUGCGGCCUGACCGACCUGGAUGGUAUUGGCUCCUUCCUGGCCCUGAAGGAACUCUACGUCUCCUACAACAACAUCUCAGACCUGAGUCCGCUGUGCCUGCUGGAGCGGCUGGAGGUGCUGGACCUGGAGGGCAAUAGCGUAGAGGACCUGGGGCAGGUGCGCUACCUGCAGCUGUGCCCCAGGCUGGCCACACUCACCCUGGAGGGCAACCUGGUGUGCCUGCGGCCAGGGCCCAGCCCUUCUAAUAAGGUGCCCCAGGGCUACAACUAUCGGGCAGAGGUGAGGAAGCUCAUCCCCCAGCUACAGGUCCUGGAUGAGGUACCAGCCACACACACAGGCCUGCCGGCCUCCCGGAAGCUGGACCAGGACUGGCUCAUGGUGAAGGAGGCCAUCAAGGAAGGCAGUGUCUUGGAUGGCCUGCUCCCUGGGCUGGGUCAUCCCCACGGAGCCCCCAUUCAGAGACUCAGCUCCUUGCCUGAGACCCAGCCAUGGGCCCCCAGGCCAUGGCCCCUCUCCCUACUGGUCACUGGGGGUCCCCUGCCUGAAAGCCUGCUUCCCAAGGACCCAGCUCCAGAGGAUGACACCAGCAACCUCACCCAUGGUGCCAGCCGAGUCCUCUGUGGGAAUCCCACCAAAGGCCUGCGGGAGCGUCGACACCAGUGCCAGGCCUGGGCAGUGCCGGAACAGCUGCCCCCACACAGGCUGAAGGACCUGGCUGCUAGUGCCUCCAGCCCAGGGUCUGAUCCUACAGAUAGCAGUGACCUCCUGGCCUUGGCUAGGCUGCCGGCCUGCAGGGAGCUGCGCCUGCGGUCCCUGGAGGCCCAGCAGGAAGGUGCCACGGCCCCCUGGGGCACACGGAGGGGCCCUGAAGAGCAAGAGGACAAGUCGAGGCCCAAGACUCCCUCCAGUGCCCUAUGCCUGGCCCCAGAGCCUUCCAGGACCUUGGGCUGUAGCCUGACCCCCUCUCCCCCCAAGAUGCCCAUGCCUGCUGAUUCUAGCAACAGCUACUGGGGGUCCACAGGCCUGCAGUUCCGGAGGCGGAGGCUCAGAGCCCUGUGUAGCUUAGGGCCUGGCCUAGGGCAGGGACUGGCUACAGUGACGGCUCUGACAGCCCUGGAGGUGACCUCAGGCUCAAGCCCUCGAGCCCAAGGAUGUCCAGGCCCAAAGCCAGCACCAGAUCCAGCAAUUAGACCCCCUGGCCUCCGAUGCAUGCCACACCUGAACCCUAUCACCCCAGCCCAAUCCCACCCCUAGUGUAAUCCCCCACCUACU